UGUGUGUGUUUAGUCGCCUCGGUCGCUUGGAACGCGAGACAUACGACAUCGCAACAACUGGCCAACACAAUCUAACAGUCCGCCGCCGAUUCCCGAGCCCCGAGCACAGCGCACACCGCCAACCGACACCACGCAACACUCAGGCGGAAUCAACAUUUUUGUACGUUACGUCAGUCGCUCAAGUUGUCGUUGUUGUUAGUGUCGUUGUCAUUGCAGUCGCGGCAGUAAAAAUAAUUUUUGGCGCCGUUUUUUUGCUGUGUCGCGUUUUGAAAUCGCUCUAAAAACAAGCUGCCUGCCAGUCUUGGUGUUUUGAAAUCGCCUGCCAACAAGGAGUUGCAGUUGCAGUCGUCAAAUCGUCCCAGAACAAGGAAUACGCGUUUUAAAACCUCGUGAAACACAAGAUAUGCCAUAACUGGAGUUUCGAAAUAGCCUAUUUAAAACCACCGGAGUUUUAAAACAUCUCAAAACCAUCUGUAAAAACUACACUCGAGCAAGGAAUACGAGUUUUAUAUCAUCAAAAAGUUCUAAAAUAUUACAAAUCACGGAAUUUCGAGUUGGUGGUGUUUUGGAAUCGAUUCCAAAAACGUCAGGAGCUCUCAAAACUCCUGCUGCAGUCACACACAGCCCUGCAAUCGUCGCUGACAAAGGCUGCAAAAUAGAACCUAGAAAAUCGCCAUCGAAUAUGACAACCUCAACGCACAGCAGUAGCAAUACGAAUAGCAACAAUACCGCCCACCACGAGAGCGAGGAUCGAGCCACUGCCGCCAGCACCACCUACACCCACCACAGUCCGACAGGAUCGGGAUCCGGGGUCUCUAUCGGUUCCACAAAUCGCGUGAUGCAGGCGGAUGAGGACUUUAACAUUCGCUUUGUCAACCUGGUGCGCAACCACAAAUGUAUCUACGAUAAAAAGGUGCCAGAGUACCGCAACAGGGACAACCAGGAAAAGGCCUGGGUGCUAAUAUCCAAGGAAACCAGAGAGAGUGUUAUCCACUGCAAGGAGCGAUGGCGCAACCUGCGCGCCUGCCUCUCCCGUUACAUCAAGCAGCAGUCGGGAGCGGAGCCGCAGCACAAGCCCUACUAUCUGACCGAGCACAUGGCCUUCCUGCUGCCCUUCCUCAAGUCCACCCGCAAUUCCCUGGAGGGCAACACUAGCCUGGCGGCGCUGUACCAGUUAUCCCAACAGCAACUACACGGCCAUCCGCAGCAUCUGCUCCACCCGGCCAUCCAUGGCCACGAUGAGAGCAUAUACUGCUCCCCCACCAACAUCAAUCAUAAUAAUAACAACAAUAACAACAUCAGCACUGGGGAGGUGUUGGAACUAAAGGAGGAGCAGGUGCUGGAGAUGAAGCACUCGAUAUCGGAGAAUGGGGACGACGAGGAGACCAUUGACGCCUUCGAUCCAGCGGUGGCCAAUGCCCUUGGCAUAAAGCAUGCACCGACCACGUCCACGAUUAGCAUUGCCCAGGUGACGGGAGGAGCCGGAGGAAGAUCGCCGGCCAGGAGUGAUACGGCCAGUGCGGACAGCAUGCAGAACUUCAUUCCGGACGUGCAGUUGGCCGAGACCGGGUCGCAGCUUAUGUACAAUGAUGAGGGUCGUGGCACACCGCCGCCCUUGCAUUAUCACCCGCACAUGCUUCCUAAUCCCAUGGCCAUGGGUAUGGAACACCGUCAGUCGUCCUUCGAACCGACGAGUGCCAAGAGGAUAAAGACGGAGUGCGAGGCCACCAGUACUAUGACGAAUGGUGGCAGCUUCUAUGGCGGGCUGACCGUCUCGGAGAUGGCUGACAUGGAGUUCUUCCGCAGCAUUCUUCCCGACCUGGCGGCUCUGACUCCCCAGCAGCGUCGCAAGUUCAAGAUUGGCAUCCUCGAGCUGAUCGAUGAUGUGGUAACGCGGUAUCCUCCAGCUCCGGACCGAUGUAACGGAGGAGGUGUCAACGGCAGUGGCAGCAACGGGGUGUCCUCCGUAAGGCAGUCAAGACGCAGCACCGGUCGGGAGUGGCGAAAGCAGUGAAGGGGGACUGGGGAGAAGGAGCGGAAAGUCACUAAUCCUUAACUAGAAAUAUGAUAAGUUAGUUAGCUGCUUAAGGGGGCACUGGAGACGGGAUAAGGUGCUCCUACUGCUGGUGUCUCUCGACCAACUCCAGUCCGCUCACUGUCCAAGUGUUGUGUGCGCUCAAUAGGAUGCGUAAGUAGGGUUGCUAGGGUUUCCACUUCCGAAAUUUUAAUUUGAUUUAUCAUUUAUUUGAAAGUUUAAAUUGAAAGUGAAAUCAGAUAUAUUUUGAGGAAGUGCUAACCUGAUCAGUCCUUCUAAGCCAUUAAGCUCAAAAGGAACUUGAACCGAAAGAAAAGAAUACAGAACCUAAUUGUGCAUGCAGUAAAUUUGCAAAUAAAAUUAUUUACAAAUUUAUUGAAUGCAGAAACUGGUUCUCAACUUGUCAAGUUCGCCUAGAGCAUAAUUUAUCUAUGAUUAAGAAAUCUGUAUAUAUGUCUAAACUAUAGAAUCGAUGUACAAAGCUGUUCCAAUUUAAAUCAAAGAAUAAGAUAUAAAGGGAAGGAAUGAAGAAAGUCAAACUGCUGUGUCAAAUAAUAAACAAACAAGAGAGUUUGGAAAAUUA